AUGUAUGAAUCUUAUUUUGCAUGUGUUUGCAGUUCUUCAACAGCACCUCGUAAUACUUUACAUACUAGUUCAUCAAUUGAACGUCAUCGUAGGCGACGGCACAAUCGACAUGAUUCAUCAGAAAAUCGUCGUGGUGGAAAUGGUGGCGCCGGUGGUGCAACCACACGAGCUGAAAGUAUUACAAGUACAUCAUCAGCAUCAAAACGGCAUAAAAAAGCUAAUAAUGUAAUUAAUAAUCAUACGAAUAAUAAUUAUCGUCAUCAUCAUAAUAAACGCUCAACAUCAACACCAAAUCAAAGAUUUUAUUUAUGUCAUUCAUAUACGUGGGUGCUUCAUAUUUAUAUUCUUAAAUACAUAUAA